AAUAUUUCGAAGACAUACAAUAUCCAUUUUACAAGGGAGAGAGAUAGGAAUAGAAAGUUAGGAGUAAUAGCAGAUGAGAAGAGAAAAACAGAGAUAAAAAUGAAGUAUUGAAAAAUGUAGACAAACCAAUACAUAUCCACUCAAUCCAAACAGGGCUCUUGAAGUAUCUUUAUCUUUGUCUCUCUUAACUGUUUUAUGUCUUGGAUUAAAACAACAUAAGCAUGAAACCUCAUUGGGAAACCAUUGAGGAUGUUGAUACAAUGAAGAGAAUCAGAGUAGCAAACAAAAUUAGUAAUACCCAUUUCUUUGGCCAACAUGAGACCCUUAUAGAUGACAUAAAGCUCAACGUACAAGAUAUCAAGUAAAUUUUAGAUGUAUCCAAUCCAGUAAAGCCUGAUAAGAAAAAACCUGCAUCAUUUCUUAAAAUUCCUCCAUAACCUGCUCUUAUAGGAGAUCUAAGGCAACUUCCAUCAACAUUAAGGAUGACACAAGAAUGAUUAUUGUUGUUCCAUUUGAUGAAUUGGGCUUCAUGAGUAGUACUAGAGAUGAAAGGAUAAGAAGCUUUGAGGGUAUCAACCAUACCUUGAAUGUUGAAGGAUAACUUAGUGUUCAACCGGUUCUUGUUUCCUAAGCACAUCAAGUUUCGAUUCCUCCAUGCCCACCAAAUUGUUGCUGCAAAAAGGAAAUAGUAAGGCCCCAUCACCCUGUUCUUGAUCCAAUUUAUAGUGUCGUCGUUAGAGAAAAAAUCAGAUUGAUUAAAUCCUGCUUGCUGCCACAAGUGCUUAGAAUGGGUUCAAUCACACACACACAAUGAAGAAAAGUCUCAUCAUAUGCAGAAUGGGCUACAUUUCUAUGAACGGGUCAGGUUCUUCCUCUUUCUGGUCAUGCCCUUGGUGUUCUCUUCGUUUCAUAGAGUCCCUUGCUCCCUGCAUUGACAUUCAUGAUAUGUUGCUGUCAGUUAAAGAUGUAUUCUCUUCUGGCAGCCCCCAUGCUCACAUUCUUUACACUCAGCUUCCCUCAUUUGCCAUAGACCUCAUAAAUAAUAUGCAACUCAAUUUCAAUGCUUCUGCAGAGAACGCAUUCAUAUGGACUCAUAACAAAAAUUGCAUCUACACUGCUAAUAGUGGAUAUUCUUGGAUAUUGGCUCGCAUGAAUUCGAAAAUUAUGAGUAGCUUGGAUAGAGUUGAAGGAAGUUUGUCCGAAGCUCGAGCCUCAAUUCGAGAAGCAAUUCUUUCAAGGAAUUACAGUACUUCAAGGAGGCGUGAUGUUUUUGUCCCAAGAGGGUCCAUUUACAGAAAUCCAUAUGCUUUUCAUCAGAGCCACAUGGAAAUGGUGAAGAGAUUGAAGAUUUGGGUAUACCAAGAAGGAGAGCAACCAAUAGUACAUGAUGGACCAGUGAACAACAUAUAUGCAAUUGAAGGUCAAUUCAUUGAUGAAAUAGACAAUAGCAAAAUGAGUCCUUUUAAGGCUAAGCACCCUAAUGAGGCACACAUAUUUUUCCUUCCUUUUAGUGUUGCAAAUGUGGUUCAAUAUGUUUAUAAGCCAAUUAUGUCCAAAAAGGAUUUCAACCGUGACAGACUUCAUAGAAUGGUGGAGGAUUAUGUAAAUGUUGUGGCUCAUAAGUAUCCUUAUUGGAAUAGAAGCAAUGGUGCUGACCAUUUUCUCCUCUCUUGUCAUGACUGGGCACCAGAAAUCUCAGAUGCAAAUCCAAACCUCUUCAAAAACUUCACAAGAGUCUUAUGCAAUGCCAACACUUCUGAAGGGUUCCAACCCAAAAGGGAUGUGUCUAUCCCUGAAGUGUACUUACCAGUUGGAAAGUUAGGCCCACCAAAUCUGGGCCAAAGCCCAUUAAACAGAACCAUAUUAGCCUUCUUUUCUGGUGGGGCCCAUGGUGACAUUAGAAAAUUAUUACUAAAUCAUUGGAAGAACAAAGAUGCACAAGUUCAAGUUCAUGAGUAUCUUCCAAAGGGUCAAAACUAUACAGAAUUAAUGGGACUAAGUAAAUUUUGUUUGUGUCCAAGUGGAUAUGAAGUGGCUAGUCCAAGAAUUGUGGAAGCAAUUAAUGCUGGGUGUGUACCUGUGAUUAUUUCUCAGAAUUAUUCCUUGCCUUUCAAUGAUGUGUUGAAUUGGAGUGAAUUUUCAGUUGAAAUUCCAGUGGAGAAAAUAGUAGAGAUUAAGAAUAUAUUACAAAAUGUUACAAAAGAUAAGUACAUGAAGUUGCAUAUGAAUGUGAUGAAAGUUCAAAAGCAUUUUGUUAUGAAUAGGCCUGCUAAGCCUUUUGAUGUGAUGCACAUGAUACUUCAUUCAAUUUGGCUUAGAAGACUUAAUUUCAGACUCAUUGACUCAAAAUAAAUAAAAUAAAAGUUGUUUCUGCAUGCUGGGUGUGUAACUGUGAUUUUUCAAGUAAUUAUGUUCUGUGAACAUUAUAGAUUCAAUUGAAAUAUAAAUGUAUAGAUCCUAAUGUAAACCAUGGCACAUGGCCUGAUUAAAGUUUCAUCUGUAACUGUGAUAUGAUUAAUUAAUGUACAUUAGUUAAAAUUUCAACACUGCUCUUAUUUUAGCUA